AUGAAAAUAGAAACGUCUGAAAAGGACAAUGGCGCUUCUUCAUCACAUUCUUCACAGAAACUAUCCAUAACAAAUUUACCAGCCAAUGACGAAGAACUUGAAGUGGAUAAUAAUUUACGAAAAAUUCCCAAUUCGGAUUACAUUACGGACGAAGUAUUGAAACGUUACGUGGGUUCGAAAGAGAGUUUGAGUUCGCAAGAAAUUCGUAUGUUAUUAAGAGACUCUAGAGAUUCUAUUUUAAGGCAUUAUAAGGAUCGAUUUGAUUAUAGUAACACGCCAAGUUUUAAUCAGCUGAAGUCGCCUUACCCCUUAAUUUGUCGUGAACGUUAUCGCCUGGCAAAGAAGCAAUACGAACAUCAAUUACAAACGGAGAUUCAACAAAUCAUAAAUCAGCAAGAAAAGGCUUUCGAUGCCAUAUGUUUUGUACGAGUUAUGGCCAUAACCUCAUUAUGGCCACCACUACACACAUGCCGCGAUGUUGAACACACACAUCAGCACUAUUUUCAAUUGACACCCAAACAACGGAAACGUCUAAGUUUUAUUAUGGGAGUAGACUGGAGCAAAACAUAAUUUUAUGGA